AUGUAUAGUGGGAUUUGCAUCUUCUUGUUCCUGGCUAUGUUGUCCCUGAACUCCUUGGGACAGCAAACAUCUGGAUCUCACCAUGCAAUGACAAAUCUCGAGCAGAGUUUGGUAGAAAAUCACCGACAUGCCCAUAUUCCAACCUCAGGGAAACCUGUCCAGUUGGUAGAUGGCAGCAUUGACCAAAAGGCCAACCUUGGAGCUCUGUUAGCCAAAUAUCUCCAGCAAGCCCGAAGAGGUUCUACUGGAAAGGUCUCCGUGAUGGGAUUACAGAAUUUUGACCCUACCCACAGGAUAAGGGACAGAGACUAUAUGGGCUGGAUGGAUUUUGGACGUCGCAGUGCUGAAGAAUAUGAAUAUUCCUCUUAAAGAUUGUGCAACUUUGCUUAAAUGAAAAUCAAGUCCUUGUACAGAAAUAUGAUUUUCUGUACAAAAAAAAUGUUGGCAUCCUUUACAAAUUGGUGUUUAAAAUAUAUGUAUUUGAUGUAAAUUUGUCUGUAAAACUAUACA